GAGUAAGUCCCACUCCGGAGUCAGGUGCGAGGUAGGGGAGGAGGAAGGGGAGAGAGGAUGGUGGGCACCUGCGCAUUGGACUUGGGGGUCCUCCUUGGGGCAGCGGUGCUGGUGGUGCUGGUCUCCCCUCCGGAGGUGCUGGGCGUGGAGGAGCCACCAGAGCAUUUCCUCUUCCAGUCGAAGGGCGAGUGCCACUAUUCCGUCGCCCCCAAUGGGACGCUGCAGCGAGUCCGCUACCUGGACCGCUACUUCUGGGACCGGCAGGAGCUAGCCCGCUUCGACAGCGACAUCGGAACAUAUGUGGCCGUGGGCGAGCUGGGCGAGAUCGACGCCCAGAAGUGGAACCGGGACAAGGACCGGUUGCGCAGCGCGAGGGACGACGUGGAGUGCUUCUGCCGGCACAACUACGGGAACUUUGCACCCUUCGCCAGCGCCCGGCGCGUCCAUCCCAAGGUGAUGAUUACCCCCACAGAAUAUGACUCUGUGUCCCACAAUGCUUUGCUAAUUUGCGACGUGGCCGCCUUUUACCCCACGAAGAUCGAGAUCAAGUGGUUCAGGAAUGGGGAGGAGGAGACCAGAGUGUGGACCACAGACCUCACCCGGAAUGGGGACUGGACCUUCCAGAUCCAGGUGAUGUUGGAGGUGCAGCCGGAACGUGGAGAUGUCUACACCUGCCAGGUGGAGCACGCCAGCUUCGAGGGCCCCAUCACCGUGCAAUGGGAGGCGCAGUCAGACUCCGCCAAGAGCAAGAUGUGGACGGGGAUUGUGGGGCUGGUGCUGGGGCUGGCCUUUGUGGCGCCCGGACUCUUCCUCUGCAUGAAGAACAAGAAAGGUGGUGAGGGCAGUACCAGGGGAGGCAGCGGGUGAGAAUUGGACCUGCCCAGAGACUGUCCUCCUCUCCUUUGGAACAACAUUUGGAACGAUAUUAAAGGGCCCUGCAGACAGCCUCUCUAUCACGCAUCCUUGAUUAUUUCUGCUCCUGAUGCUAUCGAGGAGGUCACAAGCGAUCCAGCUUCCGAUACUCUUUCUCCCUGCGAAAGAUGUGGGGCCAUCACACUCCUUAGUUCCCAGCCAGUGCAUGUCCCGUAACUGUUGGAAGUGGGGCAAGAGCAACUCCUGUUUUGUUCUUUUGUCUAUGUUCCAGAGCUAGGGUCCUCCAGAUGGAUAGGCUGGAUUACCUUUACCUGUGGUGCUCUGACUGACUUCCUUCUGUCGCUAGACUGUGAUGUCUUUAGGGAAGCUUACCUGCCCCUCCUCUUUCCGCCCUUUCCAUUCCUUUGUCCUCCGACUGGACUCCAGGAGAGAGGAGACAUCCCUUUGUCUCUGCUCUCCCCAAGCCAUGAGGCUAACCCCUACACCUGGAAAUUACACCUCCAACUUAGUUAGUUAGUUAGAACUAGGUUUGCUUUGCUAUCUACAAUGUAGUCCUCUAAAUAAAGUCACUUUUCUUA